AUGAAGUCUACCAAAGAGGCCCUUGAUCGUGGCCUGAAGUUCAAGCAAGCAGUGCGGGAUUCAAAGAAUGCUUCGAGCUCCUCCAAGUGGAAGCCGCCCAGCAUCCCGCUUACAACUCCCUUGGGAGUGGCGGAUAUGACUUUGCAAGAUCUAAUGAAGAAGGAGAAGCUGAGCUACGCUGAUGCCGUUACUGUUUAUUUGUCUUUCCAGCAGUCCUUGAAGCAGCCUUCGAAGAAGCCCAAGAAGACCCACAAAGCCGAGGAGGAAUCCCAACAGGAAACCGAGCCGGAUGCUGUUUACUUGGCCCACCAGCAGUCCUUGAAACAGCCCUCGAAGAAGCCUAAGAAGACCGAGAAAGCCGAGAAGGAAUCCCGAAAGGAUACCGAGCCAGAUGCCCCAGCCGGAGCCAACAAGAAAUCCAAGAAGAAGCCCCCAGCCGAUGACAAAUCCGAGACGAAUGCUUCAGCCCUGCAAGCUGGUACGAAGAGUCGAAAACCCCAAGCCGAAGAGCCAGCCCCAGCCGAGUCCAAGAACAGUGUCGCUCCAAGGGCCAAGGCUUCCAAAGCCAAGGCUCCACCAGCCUUGAAGCGGCUGGCAGCUUUCGUGGAGGAGCAUGAACCUGAGAUGGAUCAGCCGCCAACCAAGCGACUGAAAGCUAAGACUCGCGUGGAGCCCGUGGACCGCGCCGAGCCCGAACUUCAGAAAGCCGACCCCGAACUGAAGGAAGCUGACCCCGAACUGGACGAAGAUGAGGAUUCUGCACUCUUCAAGGAUUGGGAUGAGCUGUGCUACGAGUACGAUCUAUGGAGGCAGGGGCUCCCUCAGGUGAGUGAGCUGGAGGCUGACUUAAAGGCCCACAGAGCAGCCUCUCCGAUUAAGUCGGAGCCUGCAGCUGCUGUGCCGCUUCCGGGUGUGUUGGCACUGCCCGCUCCAGAGCUAAGUGCUGGUUGUCAAGAUGGCAGCCAGGUGUCAGGAAGUACCUUUGUGGAUGGUCAAGCCAGGUUGCGAGAAGUGCAGCGCAUCACCGCGAAGGACCGCCAGGACUCUCAGACGAAUCUGAGCGAGCUCGGGCCUUCGGCAAGCCAAGUUGCAUCUGCAGUUGACAUGAACAUGCUGUUGCAGCGUGUGCAGCAGUUAGAACUGGAGAAGGCCGAGCUGGAGUCGCAACUGAGCAGCGAUUCGAAAGCUAGCAACGUGAAGGAGCCCGCAGCUAGCAGCGAUGAAAAACCUAGCAACGUGAAGGAGCCCGAAGCUUCGCAGGAACCCCAAAGGCCGGUGGCUACACCUGUCAGGCCCAAGACCCAUGUGUUUCAUGAUUCGCCGACGACAAGCCCGGCCGGAGGCCUCACGGAUCUACUUGCAAAGGUGAAGACGCAAGCGGAGCCGGUUCCGAAGCCAACGGUGGCCCCGGACCAGGAUCCAAAGGGUGAUGAGAAGUGCAAGAUCUGCUCUACAACACACCGAAAAGAAUAUGCCAAGCUCAACCGAUUGCACGAAUCUGGAGCAUUGGCCGGCUACCCGAAUAUGCUCAAGUUGCAAGAAGGCACCCUGGAUGAGAAGCGGGCGCUGCUACGUGAUUGGGUGCUCUCGGGGCAGAACUUGCAGGCCUGCGAAAGUACCAUCGAGAUUGCCAAGGAAGCAGGUGUGCGAUCCGAGAAGAUUUGGAUGCAAAUAGCCGUGAAGAACAUGCACAAGCAGAAAGUGCAACACAUAAUUGCAACGCAAGUGGGCGAACGUGAUGAACAAGCACCGGAUUCUCUCGAAGAUACCCUGUAUUGGUGCAUCGUGGGCCUCACCCAAGUGGAAAGCAGUGAGUUCAGGGUGAAGCAGAACCUGCGAGCGAACUGUCGCCCGGGAUCAGAAUUCUUUGACGGUGGCAUUCCUGGAGCGGACCCGGGCCUCCUCCACAAGAAGCCUGCCGCGAGCCAGCAAGCGCCACUGAAAGCCGACGUCCUGAGGGCUUUCGAUCAGCGCAAGGACGAGCUGAGUGCCAUUGCCACGCAGCAUGCAGGUUCUACGGCGACCACUGUGAAAGGUACCUCGUUGGUCAAUGAGCUGUUCAAAAGUCCGAAGGAGAAGCACGGCAAGUGGUGCAGAGAGAUCAAGAAGAAUGUGAACAGCAUCGCUGAUCUGAUCUUCGAUAUGGGGGAUGCCUCGGAUGAUGAUUCCCAGAGGCCGAAGCCGCCAGCAUGGACGAGCAGUGCGAUGCUAUCCACGAAGAAGUUGCCUUGGAUAUCGAUGAGUAUUAUGUUUUGGGCUGCGAUUGAAGCCUCGAUAAUUUGUUUGUGGUCUUAG